AUAAAUAGAAAUUAUUCAUAAAAGCAGAUAUUUUGAUGCAUAUAUUGAUUACCGGCCGCGUAAAACAUUAUGCGCGCACAUGUGUUAGCACACCGUUAGCACAGAAUAUGUAAUUACAUACCAGUGCUGAGCAUUUUUCAAGGCAUUCAACAAUUAUAUCCAACUCACAAACACAUAGACACACAGACCUACCAGUCCUUGAUCUUGGCAUUUAUGCGAUAAUAAUAAUAUAAGGGGCGAUAUUGUGUGUUAUAUUGAUGCAAAUACUUUGCUAUUAGACCAAAGGAUAAAACUUUACCGUUGCAUAUAAUUUUUAUCAGUGAUAAUAAUGGCGUUCAGUAAUCAAAAGACAUUAACAGCGGUGAAGAUCGGUCUGGAAGUGCUGUAUGUGUUGGCAAUCAUUGGCUGUAUAUUUUUGAUAGUGGUUUGCGGUAUAGCGUUGGCCGCCAGCGAUAAGGACCGACAGGAAAACAAUAUUAAUAAAGACCAAGUGACCGCCGCACUGGUCAUCGCGGCGUUAGGGUUAGUAAUAUCUAUCGUGGGUUUGGUGGGCAUUGUCAAGGAAAACAAAUGCAUCGUGAUCGUUUUGCUGGUGCUGGUCGUCAUCGGUAUUAUAUCAAACUUUGUCUACAAAGAGUUUGGGUCCGCCCUAUGGGGUAUAGUGUGCGCUGUGUUGACAGCCAUUUAUUUGUACUUGAUCAUUCAGAAAGAUAAGGAGACAGGCCCUACAGAAGCUCCUAAAGGAGCUUAAUUUAAUAUUUGUUUUAAUAUGCUGAUUUUUAUUGAUUGUUUUGUCUGGAUUUAUAUUUUGCUGCUUUUAUAUUAAUUAUUAUAUAAAUUAUAC